UGAGUGUGUGUGCCCGCGUGUGUGAGUGUGCGUGUGCGUGUGUAUGUGUGUGCGUGCGUGCGUGUGUGUGUGUGUGUGUGUGAACAUUAAGUGUAAUAUUUUGUAAGCAUCAUUUGUAUACUAAACAAGUGGAAAACAGCGUUUGGAACAGCUGGGUGUGCGUUACGUGGCCCCUCACAGGAGUGGGACCCGCCCCGCCCCGUCCCGCACGAGAGAAUCAACCCGAGAGGCAGGCCACUCGCCUUCAGGAUUCAGCUCUCACCUCUCGUGUCGCAUGAAAAGUCAUCCUUUCACGACUGCUUUUUCAAAUGCAUCGACUCCUGCCAUUCUUACAAGUGUUUUAUCAAGUGACAACACACGGAGAAACGGUCUGUAAAGUGCGAAGCCUUAUCCAGAUGAAAGGCCCUUUCCAUCACGGACGGCAGACCAGUGAGGCCCGGCGUUCCCCGGCCCGGACACACCGCCUUUCCGGGAGCCAGGCCGGGCCUCCGACGACCCAGGGGCCACCCGGCUCAGUGGAGCCGGUGACGCGGCAGCUGACCCGGCAGCCGAGCCUCCUUUUUCCCUUUUCGCCCCGCUCCUGCCGGCCCCGCAGCGGGGUCGGCCCCGCGUCCUCGGGCAUCUGACCGCCGCCACAGGCCGGGGCGGGCCCAGCCAGCGAUCGCUCUGCGCUCUGCUGCUCGCGCCUCCCGGUGGCCCGGAGCCGCGUCGCGCAUGCGCGCUGGGGAGGCCGCGGCGCAGGCCGGCCAACGGUAGCUGGCGCUCGGGUCGCCGCGCGCUGGUUGCUAGGAGUCGGCGACGCCCCUGCGAGCGGCGAUGGAGCCGGGGAAGAGAAGAACCAAAGAUGAAACAUGGACAGCAGAUGACCUCCGAAAACACCUUUGGUCGACACUUCCUAGAGAAGAUAAGAAACACAAGGAAAAGAAGCUACAUAAGGACUUGGAAACGGAUGCCCCAGAGUCCAAGGAGCAGAAGCCCAGGGACCCAGACCGGGAUGCCAAGCGCAGGGAGAGGGUGGCAGACAGAGACCGCCAUGGCUCCAGGGAGCAUCCUCGUGGGGACAGAGACAAGGAGAAGCCACGGGAGAGGAGAAGGGACGCCCGGGACCUGGACAGAGAGAAGCUGAGGGACAAGGCCCGAGAGCAUGACACAGAGAAGCACCAGAGCCGAGGCAAAGACCGGGAGCGGGGCCGGGAGCGUGAGGGAGAGCACCGGGUGCGGAGGGAGGAGCCCAAGCCGGCGGCCAGGCACCACUGGCCUGAGCACAGGAUGCGGUCAGUAAGUAAAGUAAGAACUGACGAGAAUGAGAGGAGAGAUGAGAACUCUGAAAGAGGAGAUGAAGAGAGAGAAAGAAGAUACCGAGAAAGGAAGUUGCAGUACGGUGACAGCAAGGACAACCCCCUUAAUUACUGGCUUUAUAAAGAGGAGGGCGAAAGAAGACACAGGAGGCACAAAGAGGCUGACCGAGGAAAGAAGCAUCGUGAUAAAAGCAGCACCAGGGAAAAGAGAGAGAAGUACUCAAAAGAAAAAAGCAACUCGCUCUCCAAAAAUGAAGGGGAGAGAAGACACAAAGAGAAAGCACAUAAAGAAGGCUUGCACUUUGAUGACGAGAGGCACCGAGGUAGCAUGGACAGAAAAGAGAGGUCAUCGAAAGAGGAGCAUAGGAAAAGAGAGCUCAAGAAUGUUGAACACAGAAACCAGGGUGGCAGUUCAAAGAGAGAUGGGACAGGUGGCCAGCAUGCAGAGGAUGUAGUGAGGAGCAGUGGGAAAGAUAAAGACUCGAGAAGGAAGGAAAUUGAAAAGGAAGACAUUGACUUAGAAAAUGUUGACUACAUGGCCAAUUUUGAAGAUGAUUUUGAAGACUAUGAAGAUGACUUUGAGGUUUGUGAUGAUGAUAGCACGAAUGAGCCAGAACCAAGAGAGAAAAUGGAAGAACUUCCUCCAGCCAGAAAAAAGGAGAUACAAGAAAUUCAAAACGCCAUCAAUGCAGAAAAUGAAAGGAUUGGCGAGCUGUCGUCGAAGCUGUUUCAGAAGCAAGGUCGACCGGAGCGGGAGAGGGAGCCAGGGGCCGAUGCAAACAGUUCACCUUCCAGAGCCCCUGUGUGUGGAAUUUUUGUGGAUUUUGCAACCGCCUCACAACGCCAAAAGAGUCGGACUCAGGCCCUGAAGCAAAAGACACGCAGCACGAAGUUGCUUCGACUCAUUGACCUGGACUUUUCAUUCACAUUCUCUUUCUUGGAUCUGCCGCCAGUAAAUGAAUAUGACAUGUACAUCAGGAACUUCGGGAGAAAAAACACCAAGCAGGCGUACGUCCAGUGCAAUGAAGGGACUGUGGAGCGAGACAUCCAGACAGAGGAGAUGGAGACCAGGGAGGCGUGGACUCAGCACCCCGGGGAAGGCGCGGCCGUGUCGGGGGGGAGUGAGAGCAGGGAGCCCUCGGAUGCAGCGGCUGUGCCCAAGGUGGACACGCUGAGACUGUCCAGCUUCCUCCGGGCGGCCUGCCAGGUGGUUGCAGUUUUGCUGGAAGAGGACCGCGUGGCAGCUGCCCCCAGCCGGGACCCCGGGGCCCAGGACAGCACCCUGCCCCUCAGCGACAGCGCCUGGCAGCUGAACACCAGCCUGCCCUUCCUCCAGCAUCGCAACGUGUCCAGCUUGCACGCCUCUCCGGCACAGAGGCAAGUGGUGUCCGUUCACGGGCUUCCUGACCAGGCCUGCGCGCCCCCGCUGGACCGCAGGCACCUGCUCUGCGUGUGGGACAUCUGGCAGCCCUCGGGGCCGCAGAAGGUCCUGGUGUGCGAGUCGCAGGUCACCUGUUGCUGCCUGAGCCCCUUCAAGGCCUUCCUGCUGUUUGCUGGAACCGUGCACGGCUCGGUCAUCGUGUGGGACCUGAGAGAAGACUCUCGGAUGCAUCGUUAUGUGAAGCUGAGCGAUUGCUUUUGGACGUUCAGGACAGCCACGUUUUCCACUGAUGGCGUCCUCACCCCUGUGAACCACCGCAGUCCCCUGCAAGCCAUCGAGCCUGUCGCGGCAUCUGGCCACAGGAAACAGAGCUUUGUCCUCUCGCCCUUUUCUGCUCAGGAAGAAAUGUCGGGUUUGUCGUUCCACAUCGCUUCCUUGGACGAGAGUGGGGUUCUCAACGUGUGGGUGGUUGUUGAAUUACCAAAGGCAGAUCUUGCAGGUUCGAUAAGUGAUUUAGGGCUCAUCCCCGGAGGGAGGAUAAAGCUGGUGCACAGCUCUGUGACUCGGCUGAGCGACAGCCUUUCCCACAAAGGCGACGGACGCUGGGGAGCUGCACAAACACUGAAUGUUAAAUUUUUGCCUUCAGAUCCUAAUCACUUUAUUGUCGGCACCAACAUGGGUUUUGUCGGCCAUGGCUCCAGACAGGACCUGAGAGUAUUUCCCAGAUUCUUCAAACCCCAGCAGCACGGCGAGAGGCCGGUGAAGGUGACCGCGGUGGACUUCUCGCCCUUCGGAGAGCCGGCGUUCUUGCCUCAGGUCCUCACCUGCCUCCGUCCUCACCUGCACCCUCCUCACCUGCACCCUCACUUCCGCAUCUGUGUGCUCACAUUCUUACCUGCAUCCAUUCAUGAUCCUCGCUGCCAUCUGAUGUUGGUGAUUUCCGACGGUGGCUUUGCAUCCUGUAGGUAAUUCCAUGUUUACCAGUUUGCUAUCUGUCUUUUCUGCUAGGUAGGAGUACGUAAAUAUGUAUGUUAGGUGUACAUGUAGGCAGGCAUGUUUAUUGGUAUGUAUGGAGGCAUGUAUGUGUAACGUAGGUGUGGGCACAUGGCUCCUUACUCUCCUCAGUGGCUUACAGCCAUUUGCUGCCCCUGUUCUGUUCAGAGCAUCCCUGGGGGGUCCUUGGAACUGGUCCUUUGCUCUCUGGCAUCAUUCUGUGAGCCCUUUUUGCUUUUUGGCGUGGUAAGUUCCUGGAGUCAGCCCUUUCUCCAGGGAGUCCGGCUCCUGUUAGGAAAAAGCACGUGGAGACCAAGAUCCGGGCAGUGAGAAGUGCUCGCUGUGCAGGACACACCGACCGCAGGCCACGUGCUCAGGCCCCCGAGUGCCCUGAGCCUCGCGCGAUGCCGUCCGCACCUCUGCCUUGUUUAUGGACUGACUUAGUAUAUAGAGCACAAGCUUCUCUUUUUAGCUAAAUGUUGGUCUUUUACUAAACCAGCUACGUUUUAUUUUAUGGAAAUUUCAACCCAAGGGGAUGUAUCACUAUAUUAUUGGUGCAAAUGUAUGCAUAUCUUUUUAAAGAUGACUUAUUGAUUUUCAUGGAGCCAAUCUUAAUGCCCUGUGUUUGAAUCACUGAGAUCCAACUUUGCUAAAAAUAAACCCCUACUUGUACAUUCACGGAAUUCAUUGCGUAUUGGCCACUUUGGGAAGGGACAGGAGUACAAAAUGUCCCAGAGCCUCCCAGGUGAAUUCUUAUCUUUGUCGUUUGUUAGGACAGAUUUAAUGUUAGAAUUCUAUGUUUCAAAAAUAAAAAGAUACUUUUGCUGCACGAACUGAAAAAUGUUGACGCUCUGGAAGUGUUUCCCACCGUGAGGCUGGCUGGAGGGAAGCAGCCGUGACCUGGUUUCC